AUUGUUUCUUUUACACGUCAGUGAAUUUCGGUUAAAUACCAAACUAAAAUAAAACGGGAUGUAUAUCAAAAUUUCUCUUCUCUUUUGUGCGUUAUACUUCUUUACGGCAGUACGGAGUGUUGGACUCAGAGAGCACCAAAUAAACUCAUGCGUUGAAUUGUCUGAGAGGUACAAGAUAAUUAACAAUGUAAUUCCCAGGAUGAGAACCAUGACACAUUUGAUGGAUUUGGGAUAUAAAAUGUUGAUAAACUUUUUUCCAUCCAUAGAAAUACCAACAACAGCUGUGAUCAAUAAUAAAACCAUGCCGCAAUUAUUAAUAAAUUUGGCCAGUGUAGAAAAGGAGGAUUGGAUAGAUUGGGAGGAACAAAAUUUGACUACUCACGAAGUAAGAAUUUUCAUGGGAAUGUUUACCAUACAAGACAAAAAGGGUGUACACGACGGGCUUCUUACCUAUGCCGAAUUAGUGAGCUUAAUUAACAACGAUUUAACCCUAAAACCUGACGUUAAGGGGAAUAUAAAAAAUGAAUUCAAUAAUGGCGAUUUAAUUAACGCACAAAAAUUCUUGGCGGCCAUAUUGAAACAUAAACCAGAAGGCAAAGGAUUAGACAAGAAACAGAUACAAAUAUGCUCUAGUUUGUAUAAAUUUGAUUACGACCAUCUUCCUGCUGCAAGCCUAAAAGACUUACUACUAAAGUUACAAAUUGUUUCCAAUGAGUAUGAUUCGCUAUUAGAGUUCGAGCAAUUCCAAACCGCUGCAAAUGAGUUAAAAGAGCUCUUAGUCUUAUGGUCGGAAUAUAAUAAAGACGUCGACGCAAAUUCGCCGUCCAUCACUAGUAUGGAAGUUAGGGAAUAUCUUUGCGAUUUUUCUAUGUACGAUAGAAACGGUGAUGGUGUGCUCAACUAUUGGGAAUUCGAACCGAUCGCCCAUCUCUACAUGCCAGAGUAUAGAGCAAUGGAUGUUUUGAAGAAAUAUUCCGAUUUAUACUUUACACCUGAAAUUCCGGAAUUUAUCCCGAUUUCUCAAUCUUACCCUGAUAUAUAUAUAGGAGAUUAUUGGGAUGGGAAAUGUACAAUGAGCGCUGCUAUGUUCUUGCACCUGAAAUAUUUUUUACGUUUUGAACGUAAACGUUUAGCGCCAAAGAAACCUAAAAAAAAAUCAAGAUUCCUAUGCUGCUAUGGUCACUGAAAUUUUGGAAACGGAAGGAACCGCCCAAUUCCACUACACAGUACAUUAACACAAACAUAUUGAUACGAUACUAUUAAUUUAUAAUUUUCUUUAUUAUUAUUACUCCUUAGUUUUAUAAUAUUGUAAUCUUG